UUCGUUAGCCGGAAGGUUCCGUGGUAGUUAUUGGGGUUCCAGCUGGUCCAGCUUGUGUGGGUUCUAGUCGGAGAGGCGGAGGGUCUCGUUCCCAUAUUUGCUGUCAGAAAGUCGGGCGCUCAUUGUCCCAUUUCUGCCCGUUCCUCUCUCCGAGUGUCUCUUCCCUGGCGGAGCGGGGCGACUUCGGAGGCUGUGGCGUUUAAUCUGCCUGUCCAGAUAUCACCUUUUAAGGUUGUAUUAAACUGCCAAGAUGGUGUUAGCAGAUCUUGGAAGAAAAAUAACUUCGGCACUACGAUCAUUGAGCAAUGCCACCAUUAUCAAUGAAGAGGUUUUAAAUGCUAUGCUAAAAGAAGUCUGCACAGCCUUAUUGGAAGCUGAUGUUAACAUUAAGUUGGUGAAGCAGCUCCGAGAAAAUGUCAAGUCUGCUAUUGAUCUCGAAGAAAUGGCAUCUGGUCUAAACAAAAGGAAAAUGAUUCAGCAUGCUGUAUUUAAGGAACUUGUGAAGCUUGUAGAUCCUGGAGUUAAAGCCUGGACACCAACCAAAGGGAAACCGAAUGUUAUUAUGUUUGUUGGUUUGCAGGGUAGUGGUAAAACCACAACGUGUUCUAAGUUAGCCUAUUAUUACCAGAGAAAAGGUUGGAAGACUUGUUUGAUAUGUGCAGACACAUUCAGAGCAGGAGCUUUUGACCAGCUAAAACAGAAUGCUACCAAAGCAAGAAUUCCAUUCUAUGGAAGCUAUACAGAAAUGGACCCUGUGAUCAUUGCCUCUGAAGGUGUGGAAAAAUUCAAAAAUGAAAACUUUGAAAUUAUUAUUGUUGAUACAAGUGGCCGUCAUAAACAGGAAGAUUCUUUGUUUGAAGAAAUGCUCCAAGUAGCUAAUGCUAUACAACCUGAUAACAUUGUUUAUGUAAUGGAUGCCUCCAUUGGUCAGGCUUGUGAAGCACAAGCUAAGGCUUUCAAAGAUAAAGUAGAUGUAGCCUCUGUAAUUGUAACGAAACUUGAUGGCCAUGCAAAAGGUGGUGGUGCACUUAGUGCAGUUGCUGCCACAAAAAGUCCCAUAAUUUUCAUUGGUACUGGCGAGCACAUAGAUGACUUUGAACCUUUUAAAACACAGCCUUUCAUCAGUAAACUACUUGGUAUGGGUGAUAUUGAAGGACUAAUAGAUAAAGUCAAUGAAUUGAAGUUGGAUGACAAUGAAGCACUUAUAGAAAAGUUGAAACAUGGUCAGUUUACAUUGAGAGAUAUGUAUGAACAGUUCCAAAACAUCAUGAAAAUGGGCCCAUUCAGUCAAAUACUGGGUAUGAUCCCUGGUUUUGGAACAGAUUUUAUGAGCAAAGGCAAUGAACAAGAGUCAAUGGCAAGGCUAAAAAAACUAAUGACAAUUAUGGACAGUAUGAAUGAUCAAGAACUUGACAGUACAGAUGGUGCAAAGGUUUUCAGUAAGCAACCAGGAAGGAUCCAAAGAGUAGCAAGAGGAUCAGGUGUCUCAACAAGAGAUGUUCAGGAGCUUUUGACACAAUAUACUAAGUUUGCCCAGAUGGUGAAAAAAAUGGGUGGUAUCAAAGGACUUUUCAAAGGAGGUGACAUGUCAAAGAAUGUAAGCCAGUCCCAGAUGGCAAAAUUGAACCAACAAAUGGCCAAAAUGAUGGAUCCAAGAGUUCUUCAUCACAUGGGAGGUAUGGCAGGACUGCAGUCAAUGAUGAGGCAGUUUCAACAAGGAGCUGCUGGAAAUAUGAAAGGCAUGAUGGGAUUCAAUAAUAUGUAAAGAAGAUUCCUUAAGAUAAACUGACUCAGUUGGUGAUACUCUUUGCUGAGAUUUCAGAUUUUUUCCUCCCUCCCCUUUUUGUAAGGCAAAAGAGGUAUAUUCUCCCUUCCCUUUUCUCUUCUUUCCCCUACUUUUUUUUUGAGGGGGUUGAAGAAUAUUUGGGACUUUGAUCUCUUCAGACUUCUUUUCAGGCUUCUGAGUUUCUGGGAUUUUCUGGAAAUCACAUAUUUUUGCUUAAGAGAACAGCUGUCAUUAAUUUGUGUCUCAAAAUUUCACUUGCUAGGUGAAACAAAUCAUGAUGUAAAAUUUAGUAUUUAGUUUUUAGUUAUUUGUCUCAAAAGGUAACCAUUAUAUUUGUAAACAGUCUAAGUCGAUUGUUACAUGAUGUCGCAAGAAAAAUCCUGUAAAUAAACUUUAAAGUGGUUGUAAUCAAAGGGGUUUGUUAACUUUCUUUGUAGUUUGAAAUCUUAAUUUUCAGAAGUGGCAUGUGGAAAGGCAAAAUGUAGAACUAAAUACCAUGCCUCAAGAAUGCAGCUGUUUGUGGAAAAGAUGCUUAGUACCUUAACCAUGAAUUUCUAAAGUUGCAUGUAACACAGUAGAAUAAGAAAUUUUGCCAGAGAAAAUCACAACUUUAUCCAGUAAAUUUCUUCACAACAUAAAUGUGAGGUAUUGGUUGUAAUGAAACUAUAAAGCAGUAUAUAUAAUUGUCAGCUGGUGUUAACGUUUAAAGGCCAGCUCUGAUGUCGAAGUAUUAAAAAAAAAAAAGGCUAGAUGACUACUUAUUAGGUUAGAUAGAAGAUAGCAACAGUGAAACACUAAGAUUUCUUCCAGCUUUUAAGCCUUAACCGUAAUUUCUUUUAAAAAAUACAAUAACUGCUUAAAGAAAAAAAAAAAAACUGUUGAUGGUAAAUAGCUAAAACACAUGCUUUAUAGUGUGAAAAUAUUUAUAAAAUAUUAAGUUGAAAUUAUGCAUAUGUGCUCAAAAUAUUGAUCAGAACUCAGUAAAGUUGACUGGUUCUUUGGUUACCAUAGUGGAAUUGCUGCCUGGUCAGUUCAGAUUGUUUCAGUUGUGAAGACUAGUAAGACUACCAGAAAACUUCUUUACCUAUAAAUUAUUUUUUAAAAAUUAUUAUGAGCUUAAACAAACAUUUCUAUUUACAAAGAGCAGAAAGAAGAUUGUAUAUGAAACCAUGAAUCUCUUAAAUACAGCUUAAUUUUUUUGUAGGUAUAUAUUAAAAUGUCCCAAAAGUA